UACGCGCGUGUCCCAACAGUGGACGCCACGUCGCGAAGGAUCGAGCAUCGGUAUCACCGAGCUUUCUUCCUUUUAUUUAUUUCGUUCGGAAAUCGCCGAAGCGACGCUUCCGUCUUCAAUUGGAUACUCGACUAACAAAGCAUCAUCGAGCAGGAUGAGGCGAUCCGCCUUAAGAUUGGGGAUCCCCGCGAUCCUGAUAGCCCUCGCCAUGGCCCAGGUGAGGCGAGAGCGGAGCGUCGACCUGAACGAGCAGCACAAGCUCGAGUCGGCGUGCAUCUGCGACGACAUGCGGCCCCGGAGCUACGACCUCGAGAUCGAGCCCCGGCUGGCCGAGGGUAAGUUCCGGGGUCACGUCAAGGUGACGAUCUACUCGACGGGGAGCGCCGACAAGAUCGUCCUCCACGCCCACCCGGACCUCGCCGUCGUCGACUCGGACGUCACCGUGACGAGGACACACCGGGAUAGGGACCCCGAGGACUCGAGCGAAGAGGACGAAAAACCGGGACCGGUGAAGGUCGGUUCGGUCGAGCGGACGGCGCGCAAGCUGCUCAUCCACCUGGAGAAGCGGAUCAAGCGGGGCACGACGUGCGAGGUGUCCAUAAGGUACGCGGGCAACGUCACGAGCAACGACACCUCGGGCCUGUUUGCCCACCACUACGUCGACGCGACCGGACAGAAACACACCUACCUGGCCACCUACCUGCGCCUGAACAACGCUCGCAGGCUCUUCCCGGGCUACGACGAGCUCCAGUACAAGACCAAGUUUCGGCUGUCGCUCGUACGGCCCAGGAACAUGACGGCCCUCGCCAACACGCCGCUCGAGACCAGCAAGGACGUGCCCGAUAGUCCCGAUUUGGUGCGCGACAGCUUCGCGGAGACACCGGAGAUGACGUCCCACCAAUUGGCCUUCGUUAUCUCGGACCUGGAGAGGGUGGCGCCCGCAAAAAUGGCCAAAACGGCGACUGACGGCCGACAAGUGCAGAUCCGCGUCUGGGGCCGCAAAGAGUACCUCGAGGCCCUCAAAAACGUGCCGGACAAAAUAGUCACGGUCGUCAAUUACCUGCAAGACUACUUCAAUAGGUCGAUCGAGCUGCCGAAGCUCGACGUAGUCGCCUUACCCACGUACACGGCGAGCAAGGCUUCCGACAAUUGGGGCCUCAUGCUGUUCAAGGAAAGCGAGCUGAGCAGCCCGCUCGUGUGGAACACGGCCUACGAGCUGACGUACCAGUGGAUCGGACAGUCCAUCACCCCGUACCGGUGGAUGGACGCCUCCGAGAACAAGGGCCUUAACUCCUUUUUGGCCUCGAUGACGACCCUCGACAUCAACCCGGAGGAGCUGAAGGGCAAGUGGCCCAUGAACAUCCUUUACUCGCUAUACUACGGCUACGGCAAGUUCUACGGGGCGAACCGUGGCACCGGCAUCAUACGCGACGCAAAGUUCUCCAAAAUUGAAUUGGUCUUCCGUAUGUUCUACUACAUCCUUGGUAAGGAAAACUUCAAGGCCAGCAUGCGGCAUCUGAUCCAGAGCCAAGCCACGGCCAGUCCCAACCAGUUGAAAAGCGAGAGCCGCUACCCGAGGUCCUUCACGCAGAGCGACAUCUACGACAGCUUGAGCUUCGUCGCCAACAAGAGCAAGGCCCUACCCCCCGGCCUGACCAUCAACAAGGUGGCCGACACUUGGAUCGACCAGGAGCGCCUGCCCCUCGUCACCGUCAGCCGUAACUACGACAACGCUACCAUCACCUUCAGCCAGAAAACGUACGUGCGAGAGAACCGUGUGUCAAAGAUCAACUGGGAGAACGUUUAUCGGUGGAACAUACCUCUGGUGAUGCAGUCCCAGCAAAAAUGGAACAGUAGCGAUUACGCGCCCAAGGCGUGGCUGCUCGAGAGCAAGGACAAGCAGAACCUCACCAUCCCCGACAUUGCCGACAAAAACAACUUUGUCGUCAUUAAUCCGGAAGAAAUCGGCCUGUUCCCGGUGAACUACGACGCGAGGAAUUGGCAGCUGCUCGUCGACUACCUGCGCGGCCCCAACUUCGAGAGCAUACCGACCCUCACCCGAGCCAAACUACUGCACGACGCCUGGAAUCUCGCGUACGCCGACGAGCUUUACUUCAAGGUGGCCCUCAACAUGACCCUGUUCCUCAAACACGAGAAGAGCCACGUGGUCUGGGAGCCCUUCUUCACGAUGAUCGACCACGUGGGCGGUCGCAUCGAGGGCACCCAAGUCUACACGAAAUUCCAGGCAUACGCGCGCUCGCUCCUCGAGCCGAUGUAUACGGAGCCGUGCGAGAGCACCCGGGCGGUCGAGCCGUCCUGGAAGACGCACCUGCGAGGCCUGGCCCGCUACUUCCUCUGCCGGGCCGGCUACGAGCCGUGCAUAGCCGAGGCUCGCGAGCAGUUCAAGAAAUGGAUGACCGACAAGGAACCCGACAAGGGCAACCCCGUGGCCAACGAGUUCAUCUGUCCGGUGUUCAAGUGGGGCAGCGUCGACGAGUGGAACUUUGGGCUGCAGCGUGUCAUCAAUUUCCCGCGCAACAGUCCCGAGAGGAAGCAGAGCGAGAGGACGUACCUCCUCAAGACCCUGGCCAGCUGUCCGAGGGACCCCGUCAAGGUCGAAAGGUUACUGGAGGUGGCGAUAGUCGAGCGUAACGGGAACUUCAGCGACGCGGACAUCCACCUGAUAUUCUCGAUGUUGGCGAGCAACGCGAACGGCUACCGGUCGCUGUUCAAUUUCCUGCGUGACAAGUGGGACGUGGCCAAGGAGCGGCUCGACGGUAAGAAGAGCCUCUGGACGAGUCUCGUGCAGUCGGCGACCGGCUCGUUCAACAGCCAGGAGGGCUACGACCUCGUCUCCAAGCUCCACGAGUCACGUAAGAACGAGUUCGAGGGUGCCGAGGGUUUCGUGCCCGAGGCCCUCGAGAAGAUCAAGCAGGAGACGCGCUGGAGCGAGAACAACCUGCCGGCCAUUGAAAAGUGGCUCGACGAGCACCUCGCCAAACCGGCGUCCACCGACGAGCACGUGCUGCACUACUGGAAGGAGGUAUUGCUCUGCCCCAAGCGUCUGGCCAACGAGACCGCACCGGCUAGCUAACCUCUUCCUCUACUUUUACUUCUUUCUUCUGCUCCUUACUUUCCAUUUUUUUUUUUUUUUUUUCCUCCUAAAUCUUUACUAAAUCGUUACUGGCGUUAUAAUUUAUAUUCAUUAUUACCUCUGCAGCUGUUGCUAUUUUUCUUAUUCCAUUACCCAGUCCCAGAUAUAUAUAUGUCCAAGUAUCCACGUAUUGUACACGUUAUAUUGGUUUAUGGACUAUUAUUGUUAUUUCUCGCGGCUUACUCGUAGUAAAACCAUUGUACUUGUAUAUUGUCGGCAAAAAAAAAAAAAAAAAAAAAAAAAAAAAUUGUUGGUGCUAACGCGAGUAUGCAUUAUUUACUGGUGCGUUCGUAUGGAUACAGAAUCGCUUGGAUUUCAUUGUUACGUACGCGUAGACGCAUUACGGGCCAAAUUUAAUGAGUCGAAAUAUUUUUACUUUGGCACCGAUUAAUCGUAAUUGUAAUAUUUUACUGGUGUUGGAUAUCAAUAUCCCAUAAUGUGUCAAUUUUUUUUCUUUUUUUUUUUUUCUUUCGUCAAUUUACUUGAUGACGGGAUUUACAUUUUAGCCGAUUCCGAAAUUCACCCAUUAAGGCGAUCCUGUCCAGUACCUACAACCACGUCAUGCAUGUAACGUAUUAUUUUUUCAUCCCUCGUGGUACAGCGAGAACUUUAGAAGCUUUAGACCCAGCUAUGAUGAAAUUGAUCGGUAAAUAAUAUUUUAUCGGCCACACAUCUUAGUAUAACUCCUCUCCAUACAUUUUUUUCGUCUCUUUCCAACGUUAUUAUACUUUUACACAUAUAAAAUUGAAAAUAAAGUCACAUAAGACACGCGUGGUAGCUUUAAGUUUGUGUAAUAUGACAAUCGACGAUUUAAUUGUAUUGUUUAUGUAAAACUCUGUAUGACAUUUUUUAUAAAUAAAACAGAUUUUACGUUA